AUGUGUUCUGAUUUAUUAGGUACUACUGAUUUAAUAUUACUUUUGCUAAAAAAAAAUUGUAUCUCAAUGUUGGGGGAGACGUUGUGUAUAUUAAAGCCAUUGAUUUAUCUGGCAACUCGUUAUCUAAAAGGAGAAGAAAGCUGGCUACCUUGGACCACUGCCCUCAGCAUUGGCAUCUUCAAUCUGAUUAUUAUUAGUAAUGAGGAAUCAGAUGAAAAAUAUACGUUGGACCAGGAAAAAGAGAUCAACAAAAGAUCUCUAAGUAUACUAUUAUACAUUCUGCGUCCACCAUGUUUCAAAAAAUUCGUCGAAAAGAAAUUCGAUCACUUCGUAAAAAAUGUGUGCCCAUCCGUACCCCUGGGCAAAUUCAUUGCCAAGAUAAUUAUUAAUCGGUCUAUGCACGUCCGAAAAUCAUAUUUUUAUAUAUGGUCGUGCUAG